AGCUCCGGAGGGCCGGGAGGCGGCGGCGGGGCGGCAGCGCGGCUCGUGGCGGCGGCGGGGGGCGGCCAGCUCCCGCCGCCAGCAGCCCGGCACCAUGGCUGCGGCGCCCCCGCGGCGGCGAGACCCCCGCUAACACCCCCCCGGCUCCGGCUCCGUCCCCGUCCCCGUCCCCGCUCGGCGGCCGGCAGCAUGUGGGGCGGGCUGCACCCCCAGCUCGGCGGCAGCCUGCGAGGCUACAGGGCCGGCUCAGAUUAUUCCUCAGUGGGAUGGUUACCUGGUACUGAAUCCCUGUGGCAGUCUGCAGCCAUUGCGUCAAGCAGUCAAAACAAUCCUGUCAGAAGACACAGUAUAGCUUCCGACAGCGGGGACACUGGGAUUGGUACCUCCUGUUCUGAUAGUGUGGAAGAUCAUUCAACGUCAAGUGGUACAUCCUCGUUUAAGCCCAGCCGAUCACUGGUUUCCAUUCCCACUGCCCAUGUGAUGCCGUCUAAUGCCAGCUCUUCGCUUUCCAAACACAGGGAAGCUUUCAAAUCUGACGGCUCAAAAUGGAGUACGAGCUUGGGACGGUCAGGAGGAGCCAGAAAUCAGGAUGUCCUGGACAAUUCUCUUGACAUGAAGGGUGCAAGACCUGUAAGAAAAUGGUCCUCCUUGUCCAAGCUCAGCUCACCGAACACCUUCAGCCAGGAUGGCAGUAGUCAUUCAGCGGACUCCAGGACUAGCACAGACAAGCCUGUGUCACCACAAUUAAGGACAAAUGGGCCAAAUUGUUUGCAUGAUAGCAUGGAGCUCUUAAAAAUGGAGGACAAGGAGACGGGGAAAAAACGAUCUUCUCUACUGGACUGCAAAUACAAAUUUGAAACGUGCAGCAAAGAUGACUUUGUUUCAGAUUCCUCAAGCAGGAGACAUGCCUUAGACUUGACCGCCUACAGUGCCUUACCUGAAAGCAAACCCGUGGCUGCCAGCUGUGAAGCUUUUGGACAGAGAUACGCGACUCUGGGACAGCAGGCUGUGAGCGGAGCCCCCAUACAGCCGGCAGUCAGGACUCAGAUGUGGCUUAAAGAGCAGUUGCGGGCAAAUCCCCUGGACUGCAGGACUGCCGAGGAGCCCUACGGUGUAGCUGCAUGGCAUGUGCAGCAGCUGGAGGAUUUUAGACCAGGGGGUGAACAGCCUGUGCAGGUUCCAACUGGAACAGCUCGUCAGAGUUACCCAGCUACCAGCUAUCAGGACUUCAGCAACUGGGAAUCUCUAAUGAAAAUUAAAGAGGGGCUGCUAAGACAGAAAGAGAUUGUGAUCGAUCGGCAAAAGCAGCAGAUUAACAAUUUACAUCAAAAGAUAAGAGAGAAUGAAUUAAGAGCUCAACAUGCAAGACUGAGCCAUCUUGUGAACUGCGAAGAACCUUACAUGACUAAUUUGCAGCAACCACAGUAUGAGGGCACAUCACUGCAACCUCACGUGUCAGAAAGAUCAACAUCCCACCUUGAGGAGCUUGAGAGAAAGAUUGCAGCAGCCGAGAAUAAGGAAUUACAACUCAAUGAAUUUCUAAAACAAAUUUCAAACAAAUCUAGCGAGGAGAAAAAGAAGAUGGAAGAAAAACUUAAAACUAGAGACCGGUAUAUUAAUAGCCUGAAAAAGAAAUGCCAGAAAGAGUCUGAGCAAAACAAAGAAAAACAGAGACGCAUUGAAACCUUAGAAAAAUACCUGGCUGACCUGCCAACGCUGGAUGAUAUAGAAGGUCAGACUAAACAGCUGCAAAUCCUAGAGGAGAAGAACAAGCAACUGCAAGAAACUAUGACUGAGCUGGAAAACAAGCUUGGAGAGGCUCGAUCUCAGUGCAGAGAGAGAGAAUUGCAACUGGUGUGUCAGAAGAAGAAAGAAAAAGAGCUGGUCACAACAGUGCAGAGCUUGCAGCAGAAAGUAGAAAAAUGCCUGGAAGAUGGUAUUCGCCUUCCCAUGUUGGACACAAAACAGCUUCAGAGUGAGAAUGAAUGUCUCAAAGAAAAGAAUGAGAAAGCCAGUAAGGUUAUUGACAAUCAACAAAAACAGAUAGCUGGACUGAUUUUAGACAUGCAGUCUAUGCAAGAGAAGCUUUUGCAAGAAAAGCGGACGGUUCAGAAGAUGGCAAAUGAGCUUGAAGAAAAAGAAAGGAAUAUAGAGCAGUUAAAUAAAACUUUCUCUGAAAACCAAAGACUGAUGGAAGAGAAUGCCUCUCUGAAGGAGCAGAUACGGCAGGUGGAGCAGUCCCGGCAGCCAGUAUCUGAGAAGAUGCCUGUAGCAGACCAGUUGUUCAAGGAGAUGUCCCAUUGCUUGUUUGACUUGAAAGCUCUGUGCAGUAUUCUCACCCAGAGAGCUCAGGGCAAGGAGCCUAACCUUUCCUUACUGCUGGGAAUCAGAUCACUGAGCUGUUCAGCUGAAGAGAACGAAAAUUACCACAGCACAGAGACUCUUUCGAAGAAGCUCUCAGACGUUUGUCAGUUACGAAAGGAUAUCGAUGAAUUAAGAACUAUAAUGUCAGACCGUUAUGCUCAGGACAUGGGGGACAAUUGUAUUACUCAAUGACAACAUUUCAUCUGGUAGCAAAUGACUUAUUAAAUGCUGCUGUGUCACAGGUCUUUGCAUUUCUAUUAAGGAGCCAUAUUGGAAGAUUGCAAAUAGCGCUGCACAUGCAUCUCUGUGAGGAUCGUGCGUAUUUAAUCUCGGGAGUCGGGUGAGGAGGGGAGAGUCAUGGUUGAAGUAGAGUGGUACAAACUACAAGAAAUCUUUUCUCCAAACUACUGAAUGUAGGAACAAGCUGUGAAGAAUGUUUCAGUUGGACUGUUUCUUCCAUUAGGACUCAUUUUAUUGCUUCAACUAGUUUCUGGAAUCAGAGCAUCAGAACAGCCAUACUGCUGCUGCUCUCAGUCCUUCCCUCCUUCAAGGGUUUGAAUGGUAUUGCCUGUAUUCUGAAAUCAGUGCAGACGGUCAGGGGACACCUGUAGCUGUAUGUGGUGAAAGACAGGGGUUCUGCAACUUCGUUUCACUGCAGGAAUUGCAAUCAGAACAGUCUUAGAAUGCUACAAGCAUUAGCCGCUCUUUAAGUUGCCUAAAGAAUUUGAUACAGGAAAUACAUUGGUUUUAGUAAUGUAUGUCUGGCUUGUUUUCCAAACGGUGGAAGAAAAUCAAGUUUCAACUCCUCUACGCACCUGAAGUCCAUAAAAUUUACCACUAUCAAAUUGUUUUAAGCACUGUCACGUUACUUUGAGAAGUUUCAAUGACAUGAAGUCUGUAACAAACCCAAGAAGCUGGGAGGCAGGAAACUGCAGUAUAUAGUAUGUGGCUGUCUGAAAAAAAAAGAAUAGACUGUAUUGUGUUCAUACCACA